CGUUUUUAGGAAUUCCUUAGUUACCAUCUGCCCCUCCCAUUCCCCGAGGGGAUAUGGGGUGUGGGCGGAGGCUCAUGCAUUAAUUCUUUCCUUUCCAAGCUCCCACUCUAGGGUAAGGUCAAAUGCCCUUGGGCGGAGCUCCAUGGGUAUGCUAAUUACUCUGAAAAAAUCUCAGGGCCUGGCUCGGCCCGACUAACGACCUUCAUCCUAUAGGGGCCUGCUCAGUCUCCUCCCUGGGCUCGUGGACUGCGGGGCGGCGUCCAAGGUCAUCGCCCGCUAGUGUGCUCAUCCCCAGCCACAUCCCGCGAGGUGUGCGGGUGGGUGGGUCUCCUCAAAAAACGGAACAGCUACUGUGGGAACUGCGAGGCUGGGGGGAUGAGGGAGGAAGGAAGAAGGGGACGGACCAGAGCAACCGUCAGCAGGGGGCGAAGGAGAAAGGAUACUGAAGGACAGAGAAAAAAAUUAUAAGAGGUGAACGGUAGGAAGGAAAGUGUUUCCGGGUCAAGUGGGCGAGCCGACUUGACCUUCUCCGGCGGCGCCGCCAUUUUGUCCCAGUCAGUCCGGAGACAGCGGCUGCACCGGUUGCCCCCCUUAGGAGCUGCAAGGAUGCUGUCUGUACGCGUUGCUGCGGCCUUGGCCCGCGCCCUCCCUCGUCAAGCCGGACUGGUCUCUAGAAAUGCCUUGGGGGCAGCUUUUGUUGCAACUAGGAACCUCCAUUCCUCUAACAUCCGCCUUCAGAAGUCUGGUACUGCCGAGGUGUCCUCUAUUCUGGAAGAGCGUAUUUUGGGAGCUGACACUUCUGUUGACCUUGAAGAGACUGGUCGAGUCCUGUCUAUUGGAGAUGGUAUUGCCCGUGUACAUGGGCUGAGGAAUGUUCAGGCUGAAGAAAUGGUGGAAUUUUCUUCAGGCCUCAAGGGUAUGUCCCUGAACUUGGAACCUGACAAUGUUGGUGUUGUCGUAUUUGGUAAUGACAAACUGAUUAAAGAAGGAGAUAUUGUGAAGAGAACAGGAGCCAUUGUGGAUGUUCCUGUUGGUGAGGAGCUAUUAGGCCGUGUUGUAGAUGCCUUGGGCAACGCCAUUGAUGGAAAGGGUCCAAUUGGUUCCAAAACUCGUCGAAGAGUUGGUCUGAAGGCCCCUGGAAUCAUUCCCAGAAUCUCUGUGCGUGAACCCAUGCAGACUGGCAUUAAGGCUGUGGAUAGCCUGGUACCGAUUGGCCGUGGUCAGCGUGAGCUGAUUAUUGGUGACAGGCAGACUGGCAAAACAUCAAUUGCCAUUGAUACAAUCAUUAAUCAGAAACGCUUUAAUGAUGGAACUGAUGAGAAGAAGAAGCUAUACUGUAUUUAUGUUGCUAUUGGUCAGAAGAGAUCCACUGUUGCUCAGCUGGUGAAGAGACUUACAGAUGCAGAUGCCAUGAAAUACACCAUUGUGGUUUCAGCCACUGCAUCCGAUGCUGCCCCACUUCAGUACUUGGCUCCUUAUUCUGGCUGCUCUAUGGGAGAAUAUUUCCGGGAUAAUGGCAAACAUGCUCUGAUUAUCUAUGAUGACUUGUCCAAACAGGCUGUUGCCUAUCGACAGAUGUCUCUGCUGCUUCGUCGUCCUCCUGGUCGUGAAGCUUAUCCUGGUGAUGUGUUCUACCUGCACUCCCGUCUGUUGGAGAGAGCUGCCAAGAUGAAUGACACUUUUGGAGGUGGUUCUCUAACAGCCCUUCCAGUCAUUGAAACACAAGCUGGUGAUGUGUCUGCAUACAUUCCAACAAAUGUCAUCUCUAUCACUGAUGGACAGAUCUUUUUGGAAACAGAAUUGUUCUACAAAGGUAUCCGCCCUGCCAUUAAUGUUGGUCUAUCUGUGUCCCGUGUUGGAUCAGCUGCUCAGACAAGGGCCAUGAAGCAGGUAGCUGGUACCAUGAAAUUGGAGUUGGCUCAGUAUCGUGAGGUGGCAGCUUUUGCUCAGUUUGGUUCUGAUCUAGAUGCUGCCACUCAACAACUGCUGAGUCGUGGUGUGCGUCUGACUGAGUUACUGAAACAAGGACAGUAUUCUCCCAUGGCAAUUGAAGAACAAGUGGCAGUCAUCUAUGCUGGUGUACGAGGGUAUUUGGAUAAAUUGGAACCCAGCAAAAUCACUAAGUUUGAGAGUGCUUUCUUAGCUCAUGUCAUCAGCCAACACCAGUCCCUCUUGGGUAAUAUCAGGUCUGAUGGAAAGAUCUCUGAACAGUCAGAUGCAAAGCUGAAGGAAAUUGUCACAAAUUUCUUGGCUGGAUUUGAACCUUAAACGCCCCUGGAUCACAUGCCAGUUUGGUUUUGUCAAUGUUUCUUCUAGUGAUUCAGUUCCAUUCAAUUAUAGGACUUUAAUAAUGCACUCUUUCCCCUAAUGUACAGAAAUACCAUUAUGAAUAAAGGGUUCCGUGUUAACAUA